CUUCCCUCCUUUCGUUGCCGCCCUCCUUCCAGUUCUCCUUUGCCGACAUUUUCCUUUUUCCCAUUUUACCCUCAUUUUCUCAAUGAAAUCACCCGAGGCCCACGACCCCCUCCGCCUCGCCGGAGACCUCAUGGCCUCCCUCGCCGGCACGAUUCCCGCCGUUCGUUGUCUUCGUGGUCGAUGGUUUGCGGUCUCCGCCACCCUCAACCGCCUCCGCGCCGCGGUCUCCGGCCUCUCCGCUCUACCGACUGAUUCCCUCUCCCACCCAGUCUUCUCUGACCUACUUGAAACCCUCCCCGAAACCCUAGCUUUGACACUCACUCUUUCGCUCCAUUGUGCCUCCCCUGAACCUCCCUCCGGUCAUCUCCAAACCCUAAGUGAUCUCUCUUCUGCCGCGGCUGAGCUUUCUCGCCUAGCCUCCGAUGCUGAUCUCCUCCUCCGCUCCAAUCCCGUUCUUGAUUCUUUAUCAGACACUGCAGGAGUCUCGCGGCGCGAUGCCGUGCGGGCGCUGGUGACGAGGGUUCAGAUCGGGGGCGUGGCGUCGCGGGCGGCUUCACUGGAGGAGCUGGUUGGGGUGAUGGAGAAGGGUGAUAAGGAGGUGGUGAUCGCUGCGACAGAGGGGGCCGUGCCGGCGGUGGUGCGACUCCUCGACUCCCCGUGCCGGGCGACUAGAGAUCGGGCUGUGGAGGCGAUAGCGAGGUUCUCAGCAGUGGAAAGCUGCCGGGCCGUCCUGGCGGGGGAGGGAGUGCUACUGCUCAAUCACCUCGCCCGUGCGCUGGAGUCCGAUGCCUCAGGGCCAGCGCGAGAGAGCGCUUGUGUUGGUCUCCAGGCGUUGACUCUGACAAGGGACGCGGCAAUGGCGGUCGGAUCGCGAGGUGGCAUUGGAUCCCUCCUCACAAUCUGUAACUCUGGGACACCGUCCUCUCAGGCGGCUGCUGUUGGAGUACUGAGAAACCUUGCCGGAGUGAUGGAACUCCGGGAGAUCUUUCUUGAAGACAAUGCCGUUCCGAUACUAAUUCGGCUUUUCUCAUCAGGAACAGUUCUGGCAAAAGAGAAUGCUGCUGCCUGCCUCUGUAAUUUAACCACUGGUGAAGAUGCACACGGUUUGAAGCUGUCAAUUCUAAAAGAAGAUGGAUUGGGAUACUUGAAGGAUUAUUUGGAAAGUGCUGCUGAUGGAGGUAAAGAUAGGAGUAUCAAUCCAGCUCUUGGGUUGCUCCGGAACCUGGUGUCAUUCAGGUACAUUGGAGAAAUCAUUGCCACAAUGCCUGAGUUUGUACCACUUGUACUUGGGGCAUUGGACAGUCGAACAUCAAACAUAAGAACAGAGGCGGCCAAGGUGGUGUUUGAGUUGGCGUAUUGGGUGAAGGUGAGGAAGGAGAUGGGGCACUUGGGCUGUAUUUCUCGGCUUGUUUCAAUGUUGGAGGCAAAGGGACACGAAGAGAAAGAGGUGGCCGUGAUGGCAUUGGCGGUUUUGAUGGAAUGUUCUGCGAAUCGGAGGCUGUUCAGGAAGGAGGACAAGGGGAUCGUGAAUGUGGUGCUGCUUCUCGAUCCUUUGCUUAAGAACGUUAAUAAGAAGUAUGCUAUUUCAGUGCUGAUUUCGGUUUCACAGUCAAGAAAGUGUAGGAAACAAAUGGUGGUGGCUGGUGCUUGUGGAUAUUUGCAGAGACUCGUGGAUGCAGAGGUGGAGGGAGCAAAGGCACUUCUCGAUAGCUUGGAGAAGGGUAAGCUCUGGGGGGUGUUUACUAAAUAACGAGAAUGAAAAGAAUUUUAUAUUCACUGCCAAUUUUAGAGUUUAUAAUCACUAUUAACAUCCUCAAUUGAUCCAUGUUUUCUUAGUUCCUCCGAGCUAUAUUGUUGCUCUGAUUUCUACUGUAUAAUGUGUUGUUACUUAAGCAAGCUUGUCUUUUUCCCCUGUAGAGAGAUGAAAAGAUAGUAAGUUGAUUGUGUAUGUUGUUUUA